UCCCCUUCCCUUUCCCGGGCCCCGGCUCCGCCGCAGGAUUUCCCCGGGCUCCCCGGGCUCCGCCGCGUUUCCCGGCUGUCGCCCCCUGCUCGGCGUGGUGUUUGAUGUCCCCGCUCUGAGGAAGCAUGGUUGAUUUGGAGAGCGAGGUGCCCCCCCUGCCUCCCAGGUACAGGUUUCGGGAUCUGCUGCUCGGGGACCAGGGAUGGCAGAACGACGACAGGGUACAAGUUGAAUUCUAUAUGAAUGAAAACACAUUUAAAGAAAGACUAAAAUUAUUUUUUAUUAAAAACCAGAGAUCAAGUCUGAGAAUACGCCUGUUCAAUUUUUCUCUCAAAUUAUUAAGCUGCUUAUUAUACAUCAUCCGAGUACUACUAGAAAACCCUUCACAAGGAAAUGAAUGGUCUCAUAUCUUUUGGGUGAACAGAAGUCUACCAUUAUGGGGCUUACAGGUUUCAGUGGCAUUGAUAAGUCUAUUUGAAACAAUACUACUUGGUUAUCUCAGUUACAAGGGCAACAUCUGGGAACAAAUUUUACGAAUACCUUUCAUCCUGGAAAUAAUUAAUGCAGUUCCCUUCAUUAUCUCGAUAUUCUGGCCUUCCUUACGGAAUCUAUUUGUCCCAGUGUUUCUAAACUGUUGGCUUGCCAAACAUGCCCUGGAAAAUAUGAUUAACGAUCUGCACAGAGCCAUUCAGCGUACACAGUCUGCAAUGUUUAAUCAAGUUUUGAUUUUAAUAUCUACAUUAUUAUGCCUUAUCUUCACCUGCAUUUGUGGCAUCCAACAUCUGGAACGAAUCGGGAAGAAGCUGAAUCUCUUUGACUCCCUUUAUUUCUGCAUCGUGACAUUUUCUACUGUGGGCUUUGGGGAUGUCACCCCUGAAACAUGGUCUUCCAAGCUCUUUGUUGUUGCCAUGAUCUGUGUUGCUCUUGUGGUCCUACCUAUACAGUUCGAACAACUGGCCUAUUUAUGGAUGGAGAGACAAAAGUCAGGUGGAAACUACAGUCGACAUAGAGCUCAAACUGAAAAGCAUGUUGUUCUGUGCGUCAGCUCACUGAAGAUCGAUUUACUUAUGGAUUUUUUAAACGAAUUCUAUGCUCAUCCAAGACUCCAGGAUUAUUAUGUGGUGAUUUUGUGUCCCACUGAAAUGGAUGUGCAGGUUCGAAGGGUUCUGCAGAUUCCAAUGUGGUCCCAAAGAGUUAUCUACCUUCAAGGUUCAGCCCUGAAAGACCAAGACCUCUUGAGAGCAAAGAUGGAUGAUGCGGAGGCCUGUUUUAUUCUGAGUAGCCGAUGUGAAGUGGAUAGGACCUCAUCUGAUCAUCAAACAAUUUUGAGAGCAUGGGCUGUAAAAGAUUUUGCUCCAAACUGCCCUUUGUAUGUCCAGAUUUUAAAGCCUGAAAAUAAGUUCCAUAUCAAAUUUGCUGAUCAUGUUGUUUGUGAAGAAGAGUUUAAAUACGCCAUGUUAGCUUUAAACUGUAUAUGCCCAGCAACAUCUACACUUAUUACACUACUGGUUCAUACCUCUAGAGGGCAAGAAGGCCAGCAGUCGCCAGAACAGUGGCAGAAGAUGUACGGUAGAUGCUCUGGGAACGAAGUCUACCACAUUGUUUUGGAAGAAAGUACAUUUUUUGCUGAAUAUGAAGGAAAGAGUUUUACAUAUGCCUCUUUCCAUGCUCACAAAAAGUUUGGGGUCUGCUUGAUUGGUAUUAGGAGGGAAGAUAAUAAAAACAUUUUGCUGAAUCCAGGUCCUCGAUACACUAUGAAUUCUACAGACAUAUGUUUUUAUAUUAAUAUUACCAAAGAAGAGAAUUCAGCAUUUAAGAAUCAAGAUCAGCAAAGAAAAAACAAUGUGUCAAAGUCAUUUUAUCAUGGACCAUCCAGAUUACCUGUACAUAGCAUCAUUGCCAGCAUGGGUACUGUGGCUAUAGACUUGCAAGACACAAGUUGUAGGUCAGCAAGUGGCCCUACCCUGUCUCUUCCUACAGAGGGAAGCAAAGAUUUAAGAAGACCUAGUAUCGCUCCUGUUUUAGAGGUUGCAGAUACAUCAUCAAUUCAGACAUGCGAUCUUCUAAGUGACCAAUCAGAAGAUGAAACUACACCAGAUGAAGAAAUGUCUUCAAACUUAGAGUAUGCUAAAGGCUACCCCCCAUACUCUCCGUACAUAGGAAGUUCACCCACUUUUUGUCAUCUCCUUCAUGAAAAAGUGCCAUUUUGCUGCUUAAGGUUAGACAAGAGUUGCCAGCAUAACUACUAUGAGGAUGCAAAAGCCUAUGGAUUCAAAAAUAAACUAAUUAUAGUUGCAGCUGAAACAGCUGGAAAUGGAUUGUAUAAUUUUAUUGUUCCUCUCAGGGCAUAUUAUAGACCAAAGAAAGAACUCAAUCCCAUAGUGCUGCUAUUGGACAACCCGCCAGAUAUGCAUUUUCUGGAUGCAAUCUGUUGGUUUCCAAUGGUUUACUACAUGGUGGGCUCUAUUGACAACCUAGAUGAUCUACUCAGGUGUGGGGUGACUUUUGCUGCCAACAUGGUGGUCGUGGACAAAGAGAGCACCAUGAGUGCUGAGGAGGACUACAUGGCCGACGCCAAGACCAUCGUCAACGUGCAGACACUUUUCAGGUUGUUUUCCAGUCUCAGUAUUAUCACGGAGCUCACGCACCCCGCCAACAUGAGAUUCAUGCAAUUUAGAGCUAAGGACUGUUACUCUCUUGCUCUUUCCAAACUAGAAAAGAAAGAACGAGAGAGAGGUUCUAAUUUGGCCUUUAUGUUUCGGCUGCCUUUUGCUGCUGGGAGGGUGUUCAGCAUCAGUAUGUUAGACACACUUCUGUAUCAGUCAUUUGUGAAGGAUUAUAUGAUUUCUAUCACCAGACUUCUGCUGGGACUGGACACGACUCCGGGAUCGGGAUUUCUCUGUUCGAUGAAAAUCACUGAGGAUGACUUGUGGAUCAGAACUUACGCCAGACUUUAUCAGAAGUUGUGUUCUUCUACUGGAGAUGUUCCCAUUGGAAUCUACAGGACUGAAUCUCAGAAACUCGCCACAUCAGAGUCUCAAAUAUCUAUCAGUGUAGAAGACUGGGAAGAUACCAAAGACUCCAAAGAACAAGGGCACCACCGCAGCAACCACCGCAACUCCACCUCCAGUGACCAGUCAGACCAUCCUUUGCUGCGGAGAAAGAGCAUGCAGUGGGCCCGAAGACUGAGCAGGAAAGGUCCAAAACACUCUGGUAAAACAGCUGAAAAAAUAACCCAGCAGCGACUGAACCUCUACAGGAGGUCAGAAAGACAAGAGCUUGCUGAACUUGUGAAAAAUAGAAUGAAACACUUGGGUCUUUCUACAGUGGGAUAUGAUGAAAUGAAUGAUCAUCAAAGUACCCUCUCGUACAUCCUGAUUAACCCAUCUCCCGACACCCGACUGGAGUUGAACGAUGUUGUAUACUUAAUCCGACCAGAUCCACUAGCAUACCUUCCCAACGGUGAACCCAGCAGGAAGAACAGCAUCUGCAACACCACUGGUCAAGACGCUCGGGAAGAAACUCAACUUUGAUAAGAAGAAAAUAAGAGACUCCCCCCACCCCCCAUGAAAAUCGUGCUUGAAACUGCAAAAGGGUUGUUGGAAUAAAAGAAACUACAUUGGAAUAACUUCAGUUCUCACAUACUUCAAAAUAAAUCUAUUCUCUUAGAAGUAUAGAUCAUUUUGAAACAUAGGGUACUACUUAUUGGUACUCCCCUAUUAAUAUUUGAAAGAUAUCAGUGGAAUGAUUUUGAAACCUAAAUUAAAACAUAAAAUUUUCAAUCUGCUCUUUAGUUGUUUCUCAAUAAUCCUGACUGUAUGAAGCCAAUUUUAAAAUUUAUUAGCUUUUUAUGAAAGUGAUCUAAAAAUCUAACUAUAUUUGGUGUAUCACAAGGGACACAGAAGAUUCUUGCUCCUCUUAGAAACAAAAUGUGUUAUAUUCUUUAAAUUUGCUAUUUUAUAAAAUCGAGCUAAUCAUAAUUGUCUAGUCUUCUUUACAUAGACAUUAACCAACAACUUCUUCGGCUGACUUGUGCAAGAAUCAUAGUUUACUUUAGAACACAAACCUAAGUCAUUUUAACCUUUUCUGUCUGCCUUUUUUAUAUAAUAUCAUUCAUAUUCAUUUUGGAAUUUGAAAUGUUCAUAGCAUGUUUUAUUACACUGGAGAAACUAAAACAUAAACAAAAAGAAAUAUUGAGUAUCUGAACUUUUGGUAACUUUAUGGCUAGCACACAUUGUAUGCUAAGAAAAGUGUACUAUAAAGCAAAUGCUUAUUGUUCUCCUAAAAGAAUGUCUAGCAUAAAGAAAAUACGUAAUAGACAUUGGUUGACUUAAACUUAAUCCAAGAAUUGAACAUUAACCGAAUUUCUUGAAUCAGGCAGUAAUACUUUUCUUUAGGCUUUUGAGCUUUAACAUUUUCCAUGUAUCUAUACAGUAAAUGUCAUUAGAAAAGUACUUUAAAAUUGAAAGAAACAAAUUUUUACUUUUGUAGGCUACAAAGACACUUCAGAAUAGUAAAGGUUCUUCUUAUGUCUUUGGUAU